AUGAAACCAAGAAAACCACACAAUAAUAAUAAUAAUACUGAUGCAUCAAGAUCAUGUCUUAUCAUUUCCCGGAUCGCAGUUGCUCUCCUGCUGGUGCAUUUGUUGCAUACAAGCGACUUGCCAUCAAAGUUUCGUGAAGUCAUGUGGGAUGAAUCGAUGGCCUCGUCGUCGUCGUCGUCAACCGCAACCGUAUCAAAAGCUUCAGACAAAAGAAAUCGCCCUCAACAUCUGAGGAAGGACUAUCAACUCGCAAAAGAGCAAUCGUAUGGAUUCUUUCAAGAUAUUUCGGAAGCCAACUGGAGACGAUUGCAGCAAAUAUCGAGUGAACAUCAACCACACAUGUAUCCUGACAAUCCAUUGAAAUUCACCGACUUGGAACGACGAGGAACAACACCUAGCUGGUACCAAACUAAUUAUGAGCCAGAUUUUUCUUGUCAAUUUGAACGGCGGGUUGGCGGAAACUCCAAUGGCGAUGGUCCCAAGUGGGUAUGUGACCCACAUCGGAUCACGGAAAACUACCGGCGACAGCGAAACGGCGGUGACAAUAAGUGCUUGGUCUAUAGUAUCGGAUCCAAUGGCGACUUUCAAUUCGAGACCGGACUGCAACAACUGCUGGGCCCAGGGGUUUGUGAGAUUCACAUCUUCGAUAUGGACGACUAUUCGAACGAGAUGAAAGAAUGGUCGAAGAAACACAAUGUCGCCGACUUGCAUUUUCAUCAAUGGGGACUGACGACUGCAGCCACUGCUGUAGAAGAGAAUGAGACGGGAAAAGGAAAUGCUGCCAAAACAAUAGCACCCGUAUCCAAAGAUUACAAGUAUCGAAGCAUUGCCAAUAUUGUGCAAUCCUUGGGACACUCCAAGCGAGAACAAAUUGACAUAUUCAAGAUUGAUUGCGAAUCAUGUGAAUGGGAUACCUUUGAAGAAUGGUUGGAUCCGGCUACUAUGCCACGGUUACAGCAAAUUCUUAUCGAAUUACAUCGUUCCCCUCCGACCAAAGUACUACCGUUCUUUGAUACCUUACGGGCCAAGGGAUAUGUCACCUUUCACAAAGAGCCGAAUAUUCAACAUUCUCAAGGGAACUGUAUUGAAUAUGCCUUUCUCAAGCUAGCACCAUCAUUCUUCCAAAGCGGUAGCUAG